UUUUCUUCUAUGCUGUACGACCGGCGAAGGUGAUAUGCUAGCUAGAGCAAUUUAAAUCGUGCAGACCAUAUCUUAUGUCUGUGCCAGUCAGUUUAAGCUAGCUGGCUAGCUCAUAGAAAAAGAACCGUUUCAGAGGGCAGGAGAGAUGUGCGCAGCGAUUUAUGUAUUAUCCACCGUGACCGGCUAUGUUUUGACGUCCGCUCUGCUGUUGAAAUGCCCUUCGCUUUUGCAUCGAAGAAAGCGGGAGACAUUCCGUAGCAGACACAUCUCCCAUCGCGGAGGUGCUGGUGAAAACCUUGAGAAUACCAUGGCAGCCUUUAGACAUGCGGUGAAGUUGGGCACAGACAUGCUGGAGUUGGACUGCCACCUCACCAAGGAUGAGCAGGUCGUGGUGUCCCAUGACUCCCACCUGAAGCGGGCAACCGGCGUCAGUGCCUACAUCUCUCAGCUGACAUACGCUGAGCUGCCCCCGUACCUGUGCAAGCUCGAUGUCACUUUCCAGAAAGAGUGCUUCUGUGAGGGAGGUGAGGACAAGCACAUUCCCCUGCUGAGAGAUGUGUUUGAGGCUUUCCCCACAACCCCUGUCAACAUCGACAUCAAGGUCAACAAUGACACGCUCAUCAAGAAGGUCUCAGAAUUAGUAAUGCAGUAUGACCGGGAACAUCUGACGGUGUGGGGCAAUGCCAACAACCUGAUAGUGCAGAAGUGCUAUAAAGAGAAUCCCAGGAUUCCCAUCCUGUUCAGCUUGAAGCGAGUGCUGCUUCUGGUGGGCCUCUUCUACACCGGACUGCUGCCCUUUGUACCGCUCAAGGAGCAGUUCCUGGAGAUCCCCAUGCCGUCCAUCAUGACCAAGCUGAAGGACCCUGCCAGGAUGCCCAGGAGUCAGCGCCUCAUUACCUGGCUGGCUGACACACUGCUAAUGAGAAAAGCCUUGUUUGACCACUUAACAGCAAGAGGAAUCCAGGUGUAUGUUUGGGUGCUGAAUGAUGAGGAGGACUUCAAGCGUGCCUUUGACCUGGGAGCCACGGGGGUUAUGACAGACUACCCCACCAAACUGAAGGAGUUCAUGGACAAGCAAAUCACUAAGUCCACCUAAACCACAUGGACCAUCAUAACCAUCUCUCUUUUUGACCACUUGGCCUCAGACCACUCUGAACUUUCAGCCCGUCCUGCCAAAUGCCUAGCUCGUGCUCGUCCGGCACCAGGCCUGGGAUUUUCGGGUGUCCUCAACACUAUUACUAUGCUCUGGCAUCACUGAGGGUCCAGGCCACUAUCCACACACCAUGUGUCUACACUGAUUACCCCAUGCAUAUGCGCACAACUGCAUAUGUUUACAUACCAGCAUAAGCAGCUAUCAGUUGUCAAGCCUUGAGCCUUCAAGCAUUACACCUUAACGAGUCUGCUCUUACUAUAUAUAGUGAAAGGUUUCUGCUC